CGGCGGAACGAGCCGAGCGCCGGAGGCGGAAGGGGGCGAAAGGCGGCGGAGCCCAGCGCCGGGACCAUUGUAACCGGCUGGAGCGGGGCUCGCUGCGCCCGGAUCGUGCUGCGCCAUGGGGGCCUGCCUGGGGGUCUGCUCCCUGCUGAGCUGCGUGUCGUGUCUGUGCGGCUCAGCUCCCUGCCUCCUGUGCGGCUGCUGCCCCUCCACCAGGAACUCCACCAUCUCCCGCCUCAUCUUCACCUUCUUCCUGUUCCUGGGCACGCUGGUAUCCAUUAUCAUGAUCAUACCCGGUGUGGAAGAGCAGCUGCACAAGCUUCCUGGCUUUUGUGAAGGAGGCAGUUCAAGUCUAGGCAUCCAAGGUCGUGUCAACUGCAAGUCCUUCCUGGGUCAUAAGUCCGUGUACCGCAUGUGCUUUGCAACGGCUGCUUUCUUCUUCCUCUUCGCCUUGAUCAUGAUCUGUGUGAGGAGCAGUAAGGACCCAAGAGCAGCAAUUCAGAAUGGGUUUUGGUUCUUCAAAUUCCUGAUUUUGAUUGGAAUCACAGUGGGCGCUUUCUAUAUUCCCAAUGGAUCGUUCACGACAGUGUGGUUCUACUUCGGCGUGGUGGGGUCCUUCCUCUUCAUCCUCAUCCAGCUCAUCCUCCUGAUUGACUUUGCCCACUCCUGGAGUCAGGUCUGGCUUCGUAAUGCGAACGAAGGCAACGCCAAGGGCUGGUAUGCAGCCCUCUUCAUCUUCACCUUCACCUUCUACGCGGUCUCCCUCGCGGCCGUGGUGCUGCUGUACGUCUACUACACCAAGCCUGACGGCUGCACGGAGAACAAGGUGCUGAUCAGCCUCAACCUGAUCUUCUGCAUCAUCGUCUCUGUCGUGUCCAUCCUGCCCAAGAUCCAGGAUGCUCAGCCUCACUCAGGCCUGCUGCAGGCCUCCAUCAUCACCCUCUACACCCUGUUCAUCACCUGGUCGGCCCUGGCGAACGUACCGAACAAGUACUGUAACCCCACGCUCCUGGUGAGGAACAGCACCGCUGGCCUCGUGGCUGACGGGCAGGUGACUCAGUGGUGGGAUGCCCCGAGCAUUGUGGGAUUGGUCAUCUUCCUCCUGUGCACACUCUUCAUCAGCAUCCGCUCCUCAGACCACAGCCAAGUGAACAAGAUGAUGCUGACUGAGGAGAGCCCGGCCAUGCUGAGUGGCGGGGAUCCGAGCGUGGAAGAUGGGGGACAUCGGGCCUAUGACAACGAGCAGGACGGCGUGGCCUACAACUACACCUUCUUCCACAUCUGCCUCUUCCUGGCCUCCCUCUACAUCAUGAUGACGCUCACAAACUGGUACAGGCCCGAUGAAGGUUCCCAGAUGAUGACGAGUCCGUGGACUGCAGUCUGGGUGAAGAUCUCUUCCAGCUGGGCUGGUCUCCUCCUCUAUCUCUGGACCUUAGUGGCCCCCAUCCUACUCCCUGGCCGGGAGUUCAGCUGAAAAGGACCUGCAGACAACCAUGGUCCAAACCUGCUGGACAGCUCGGACUCUCCAAAUCAAGGAGCUGUCUUGCCAAAGUCCUGUCCCUGUCCCUGUGUCUGGAGCUGGGUUUGGUUCUCAUGGUGGGGAAAGUCCUAGCUAUGGAUGAAUGCUGGGCUCCUGUUUCUGCACCGAGACCGGUUCCUUGGAAUUGUGCCUUUCUUUGUUUAUUGUUUUAAAAGGGAAAAAAGUGCCAAGCAGGGAAAGUCUGUAGCUUGUGGGUGAAGUCGGAAGCAUCGGAGGAAAUGUUGCUGGGUUUCUGGGUUGUUUGGGGGUUUGUUUUACUAUUGUAGACCUUCGCGUUUGUUUGGUGUUUCUGCAUGGCCUCUGUGCUGCUCUUUUGCAAGGAGGCAGUUGAAUCACCUUUGAGAAUUUUUGUUUUUAAGCAGAUGCUUGUACAAUGCAUUCUUCAACUCGUGUUACCCGGGGAGCAUUUUGUAUAAUUCUUGCACAGCCCAUUUUGGCAUGUACCUGUCCAUGGACCUGCAAAGGUUUAAAUAAAUGGCCAGAAUUCAGUAUCA